ACUGAGAUGCUGCCCUUAGGUUAGCCCCCAGCCGAGAGGUGUUUGCUACACAAGGUAUGAGUCAGGCAAUGAGCCAUGCCCUCGCCCAUCCUUUUUUAGCUGCUCAUCUGAAUCCCAGUCAGUUACUACAGGUAGCCCAGACCUCAGUCAGCACAGCUACCACUGUAACUACCACCGGGAAGUCUGACGUGUCCUCUCCUCACCCACAGCAGCAGCAGCUGCAGGUCCGAACUGACCUACUAGAGCCUCAUCCCAGAGAAACUGAGACUUUCUCUGUACAGGAACCCCCAAGACCCUUACCUCCACCACAGAUCACUCCACCAGAGAUGGAUAUCAACAAUGUAAGGACACCUCCUAGUAAUGCUUCAGUAGAUAGUACUGCUGCACCUGUUAAGAAACGAAGAUGUUCUCCGAGCUACUUGGAGAAUGAUACCAGUGUGAGUGAUGUAAUAGGUACAAUAAGUGAUUUAGGGAGGAGUGAUAUGGGUGGGAAUAAUGUGCCCAGUGUGAGUGUUUCAGUGUCUGGUGAGAAGAGUACUGCACAUACUUUAAGCCCUGAUGUAGAAAGCACCCCAGUAAAUGGUCUUAGUGCAACUAGUGAGGCUGUGGUCAAGAGUGCUAGUGGUAGUAGUAGCAACAGUCAGUCUUCGUUAAAUGUGAGUACGCAAAAUAGUGAUGCAGAUGAUAUGUUAAACAAAAAUAUAAGCAAAAAUGACCAGGAUUAUUUUAAUGGUGAUCAUGAAAUGCUAGAUAGUCCAAGAAAACGUAAUAAGAAAAGAAAGUCUGAGAGUGAUUCAGUAACUGAAAUAGAUUAUCCAGUUGUGGAUGGGCAGCUAGAUGAAAGUGGUGAGAACAAAAGAAGGACCAGGCAAAAGAGAGCUAUCUCCUAUGUGGAGGAUGGAACAGACCCUGUUUUGGAAAUGAAUGAGGACUCGUCACCUGAUGCAACUCCGUUGAAAAAGAAAGGUAGAAAAUUAAAGGAUACAAGAGAAAGACUUGAAGGAGAGAGUGAUCCUAAUCCAGACCAGCAGACCCCUGUUGAACCUGCUAGUUCUCCAGCUCCUUCAGCACCUUCAGGAGAAGAACCAGUAAAAUCACCUCACAGUUCUCCUACAGGUGGCAGACGUGGGCGAAGUGUUGUCCGAGGGGCACCAAGAGGAAGAGGAAGGCUCUUGGGGGCAAAUGCUCAGGAGUACCCAAAUAUCACAGAACCCUUGCAUGUAGAUACGACACUAGUUCAGGAACCAGAUCUAAGGGUUCCUGGCCCACCUCCUAUUGUACCUUCUUCCUGUAGCCCAGAUGUUUACGACUUCAAUGACACCGAUAGUGAUGGCGUUGGUCGGGGUAAGAAAGGGAAGCGUGGUAGAAAAAAGGGAAGCAGCCCAAAGAAAAAUUCCAAGUCACCGCUAGACAUGGCAAAGUCAAGUAUUAGUCCACGACCCAGAGAACCUGCAUCAAAGUCUCCAAGGUCACCAAAGUUUUUUUCUAGUUCUCGUAGCCCCAUUUCUGAGCGAAACAAGGAAUGGAUGCGAAGUUUUUCCCCACCUGUCCGUGAUUUAUCCAAGACUCUUUCAGAAACCCCACCCCUGGAAGGGAAUGUGGCACCCAGUAUCACAGGAGGACCUUUGGCUGAAAAUUCAAAAUCCAUACAACAACCUGAGGAAAUAACUGUCAAGGAUUCUCAGAGUGAUGAAUCUCAGGCUGGGGAAAAUGCACCAAAACCUGACUCCAACAUCAUCUCUCCAAGACGGAGUAGUAGGAGGAACAAGACUCGUGAUAAUCAGGACUUUACCCCUCCAGAUGGCAAAGCCAUUGAAACCAUGGAUUCAAGCCUUAACUCCCCUUCCUCUGGCAACUCUAAGGAUAACACAUUGCUCUCAGGGUCUGUUUCAUGCAGUGCACAAAACAAAGAGGAAAAGGAUGAGAUUGCUGCAGAUAUGGCAGCCUCGGGUUCACAAUUAGCUGAUAGUUUAGUUACUCCUAGUAAUAGAAUACGAAAAAGAGGAAAGAGGAGCAUUGAUCACUUUCAGCCAGACUCAAGUGCAACUCAGGUGGGCUCAAUUGAGGAAAUGCAAGACAUUUCCACUGCAGAAGAGGAGCCUCCCAAGAAUACAGAGGAUGUCAGCAUAAAAUGUAGUGAAACUCCUGAAGCUCCACCAUCACACAUUGCUUCAGAAGAACUCACCAACUCUUCUGUGGACCAUGUCACAAAAAAUUCAUCUCCAAAAAGUAAGUCCCCCCAGACAAAAGGUAUCAUCAGCAUAGACACCAAUGUGCUUCCACAAGAAACCAAACAGUAUCAAUCUGUACCUGAUGAUGCAUUUGAUAGCAGUGAGACUAGUAAGCCAAUGGAAGAAAAAGUGAACACACACUGUGUUGAAAAGACAAAUAGCCAAAAAAAUGAAUUAGGUGUUCCUACUGCUACUGUACAUGAUACCUCACUGAAGCCCGAGGAUUCUCCACGUAAAGGCAGAGCUAAGCGAGGCACUGUUAAUCUACCUGUACAAAAUGCUAUGGUGGCUUUGGAUAUGCCAUCGAAUGGACCCACCAUGGAAACCCCUUUAUCAUAUACUACUGAUGAAACUGCACCUGUGAUAGCACAAAUAGAGGAGACAGAAUCUCGAGGGAGAAGGCUUAGGGCUAGAAGGGGGAGCAUCAAGCAGGACUCAAAGCCAGAGACACAAGACCCUACAUCUGAAAUGCAAGAAUCAAAGCUUGAGACUCAGGAACUAAGGCACAACACUCAAGAACAAAGACCUGAGAUGAAAGAACAAAAUUCUGAGAAUCAGGAACCAUGUCCAGAAGACAAGGAAAUAAGUCCAGUCAUCCAGGCAUCAUAUGCAGAUAUCAAGGAGAUCAUACCUGAAACUCUUGAAUCAAAACCUGAGUUAACGGAAUCAAAGCCAGAGGCAGCAGAUGUGUGCCAGAAAUUGGAAACUCCAUGUCCAUUGCCAAAUACAGAUAUUAAUGAAUUAGAACCCAGUAUUAUUUCGGAACAGGAGGUUCAAGAGAACCCUCCCAGUUUGCCUGGUUCUGAACCCGGAGCUCUAGUAGUCCCACAUGGUACAGACAUGGAUGUUGAUGCAGAGACUGUGGAAAAUAUUGCCAAGUUCUUAGAGGAAACCGCUUCUAAUAUUCCAGGAACAGCUGAGGAAAGUUAUGCAGAUAAGCGUCCCAAACGCUCCUCACGCCCGCCGAGAAAGAUGGAUGAUAAUGAAAUGAAUGAUCUUCUUAUGUUACUCAACAUGGAAGAUGAGGAGAGUGAAGAUGAAGAUUAUGUUCCCAAAGACUUGGAGAACUUAGAUAGUGCAGCUGAAAGUGAAGAUGGGGUAGACAGUUUGUGUAUGGCUUAGAUUAUAGUGGUGAUGAGUUGGAAAAUGAGGGUAGAGGAGGGGGAAAUUUGAGUGAUCUCCUUAGGGCUAGUGAUACUGCGGGUGAUAGCAACUUUGUGCCAACAGCCCUUAAACAUGGCAAAGGUGGAACUGCCAAACAGAAGGGACUCAAAAAGGAUAAAAAUAAAAAAGUAAAGACUGACACUUCUAGUGCCAAGAAAGGAAAAGUUGUGAAGGGUAAAGUGAAGAUCAGUAAGGCGAGAAGUGACGAUAGUGAGCUUAAAAAGAAGAGUGAUGAUGGGAAAAAGAAGGGAGAUGUAGGGGAGAGAAGAGGGCCUUUUAUUCGAUUGGAUAAAAAUGGAUGCAGAGAAGUUAUUAUUAACACACCUUAUCGUGAUGAGGACGAAUCAGAAAGACCCAUGAGGAAAACUAAUAUACAGUUCUAUUGCAAAAUUGAAGCCAAGCAGAAAACUGCAAAAGUUGGUUAUAACAGUACACUCCACAACAACUAUGAUGCCUUCUCCAAAGACACAUCCUGGUAUUGCUCAUUAUGCAAGAACUACAGUCACUCAAAGAAGCUGGGUGACCUUUAUGGGCCCUACUUCAUUGAAGGGCUUACCUUAGUAAAGAAGCAACAUCCACAGGUGGUUGAGGGGCAGGUGGUGGAGUCCUCCUCUCCUUCUGAAGUUGGUAAACUUAAAAAACGAACUCAGAGGCGGGAGUCUACCUCUGAAGGCCCAGCCGAUACACGAAAGUUGGAACUCGGAGGGUCUUCUUCUCCCCCAUGGAGGUUUGUCCCCACGGCCACUCCUGCUCGGCUGCUGAUGAUUGGGGUGCCACAGCCAUGCAAAGCCCCACCAUCACAGGAGGUAGAUCUUACCAGCAGCCGAGCAGGAGUGGCCGUGGGGACAAACCUCCAUGGGGGAGAAGAAGACCCUCCGAGUUCCAACUGGUCAAAAGACACCCACAAUAUAUAA